CUUGGUUUCUACUUGGAACGACCGACAUCAUGAGCUACGUUGCGCGCCGUGGUCUCUCGACCCUCAUCCCGCCCAAGGUCGCCUCUCCCAAGGCUCUUGGUGCGAACCCCAACGCCGCCCGCAUGGCCAACGUUGGCAAGUUCUACGAGAGGCUCCCCCGUGGACCUGCCCCCGAGCCCGAGGCCAAGGGCCUCCUCGGAUGGUACGGCAAGAAGUACUUCAACGGCAAGAAUGCGUCGGGCAUGCCCAUCGUUCACGCCAUUGCGCUCGUUCUUGGCAUCGGCUACCUCCAGAGCUACUACUUCCACCUCCGCCACGCCAAGAACAAUGCUCACUAAGAAGGAGUACGGAAGGACAAUGAUAGCUUCAUUCGCCUAGUAUAGAUCGACAGGCGUGUACAUAUAGACGUUGUUCCAACGGACCCCUUAACUGAGAGAUUCCCUUUGUGUUUCACGUUUCGAGGCGUCCCCAGAGAUGAUGCGAAGUCGUUUGAUCCGAGCGUGCGGUAUAAAUUUACAGAAACAGAUACGCCGCGGAGCUUGUCGAAGCUUGACCCAUGCAUAUUUCGCUACUGUAAGUAAGGUAUGCUAUUCAAGUGACCCGACCUGGGGUGUCAUCAGCAGUUGUGGUUAUCCGGUGAGCCCUUCACAACCUCAGCAUAAUAGUAGUUGAAACAUAUACACGUGUAGUGCGGGAACAUGGGAAGGUGGGAUGGAAUGGAGUGGACAAUGAUUCUUCUGUUGCUAUUGAACAACUUGUACUGUAUCCCUACCC